CUGUCAUUUGACGCCAAACGAGCGUCGCACGCAGAACUCGAGAUUCGAGAUUCCCCCGAUUUCGGUUUACACAUAUAUUCAAAUCAAUUCUUUGGUUAUCGUCGCUUCGUGGAGGAGCAUUAAGAAAUGGUGCAUCAUUUGGCGCUCCUGCUCCUCGGAGUGCUCUCUUCCUGGCCAGCUGCAACUUUGGCCAGUGAUCAGCCUUCUCGAAUCGUCUGCUACUUCAGCAAUUGGGCGGUAUAUCGCCCUGGUAUUGGUCGAUAUGGAUUGGAGGAUGUGCCCGCCGGUAUGUGCACCCAUAUCAUCUACUCCUUCAUCGGUGUUAACGACAAGAGCUGGGAUGUCCUGGUGAUCGAUCCGGAAUUGGAUGUCGAUCAAAGGGGCUUCAGCAGGUUCACAAAGUUGAAGAAGAUCAAUCCCGAUGUAAAGUUGGAGAUUGCAGUGGGUGGCUGGGCCGAAGGUGGCUCCAAGUACUCACAAAUGGUGGCAGUUCGAGAGCGGCGACAGAGUUUCAUCCGCAGUGUGGUACGCUUUAUGAAGCAGUACAAUUUCGAUGGUUUCGACCUGGACUGGGAAUAUCCUGGGGCCACAGAUCGCGGUGGCUCCUUCAGUGACAAGGACAAGUUCCUGUAUUUUGUUCAGGAGCUGCGACGCGCCUUCGAUCGCGAGGGUUUGGGAUGGGAAAUCACCAUGGCGGUUCCGGUGGCCAAGUUCCGACUGCAGGAGGGAUACCAUGUUCCGGAAUUGUGCGCAGAGCUGGAUGCCAUUCACGCCAUGACCUAUGACCUACGGGGCAAUUGGGCCGGAUUCGCCGACGUGCACAGUCCACUCUACAAGCGAAAACACGACCAAUACGCCUACGAACGCCUGAAUGUGAACGACGGCCUCGCCUUGUGGGAGGAGAUGGGCUGUCCGGCCAACAAGCUGGUGGUGGGCAUCCCCUUCUACGGCCGGACUUUCACGCUGAGCAGCUCGAACAAGAACUACAACAUGGGCACCUACAUCAACAAGGAGGCGGGUGGCGGUGCACCGGGUCCCUACACCAAUGCCAGUGGCUUCUUGGCCUACUACGAAAUCUGCACCGAGGUGAUGGACAAGUCCAAGGGAUGGACCGUGGAGUGGGAUGACGCCGGAAUGGUGCCCUACACCUACAAGGACACCCAGUGGGUGGGCUACGAGAACGAGGCCUCCGUCCAGAUCAAGAUGGACUUCAUCAAGCAGAAGGGCUACGCCGGCGCCAUGACCUGGGCCAUCGACAUGGAUGACUUCCAUGGAAUGUGCGGCAAGAAGAACGGAUUGAUGCAGAUCCUCUACGACAACAUGAUAAACUAUCGGGUUCCGGAACCAACAAGGGAAACUACUCCAAGGCCUGAGUGGGCCAAGCCUCCAGCAACUCCUCCAAAUCCGGAUGAGGGCACUGUGGUGCAAACCCAACCAAAACCAACGAUGGCUACUACUAAGAGGCCAAAGCCCAAGCCCAAGCCAACUUCAAUUGCCUUAAGCCCUACAUCUGCUCCAGUGCCAACUGUUACUAGUACCACCCCAAAACCAACCACAAAGAAACCCAAAAAGCCGAAGAAGCCAACCACCACCACAACGACAACCACUGCCGCUCCGGAAAAGAACACUGAGGAGCCCGAAGAAGUUGUUGAUCCUGAAGAACCCGAACAGGCUAUGGGUUCCCAGUUUGAUCCCAACGAAAUCGAUUGUACCAACCGCGACUUUGUUCCACAUCCCAACUGCCGAAAGUACUUCCGAUGUGUCCAUGGUAAACCCGUGGAAUUCGAAUGCAAAGAGGGAACAGCUUUCCACACUGUCCUGAAUGUCUGCGAUUGGAUCGAGAAUAGCGAUCGGUACUACUGCACUCGUCUGAAGCAGAAGAAGGAGGGCAACGAGACCCACUAACUGUCCCAAAAUAUACAUAUCUAAAUUAUUUAAAAACGAAAAAUCUUCAUGUACACUUAGAAAUAGAUAUUUAAGUAUUUUAAUUUAAUAGCAUCUUGGGGUUAUAAAAUAGAUAACCAGACGAGACGAAAACAAUAAAAAUAAAU